AUGCACUUACGUGCAUUUUACGUGUCCGUAUUUGUCACCCUCGUGGCCGGUGACGCUGGAUGUGUUGACAACACGAAUUGGUAUACUGGCCUACGUUCUGUGCUUAAGAAUUGUCCAUUGGAGUCCUGGAACAACUCUGGACAAGAUGAAUUUUUAGAGAAGUUCCGGAAGUGUGUGCAAGAGCGUGUACUGGCUGCAUUGGAUUCUCUUUUGGCUGAUGAUGUUAUACCAAUAUUUGAAGGGCUGGAUUUAAUAAGAUUCCAUGACGCCAGGGUAAAUUCAACGGAUAAUAAUAUAGAAAGUGAUUUAGGAAAUGAUAUUAAUUGGACAACCAUAAUUGUGAAGCGACUUUUACGAGUUCUACGCACUCACGUCUUUAAAGUCGAUGUGGACCACUUAACCAAUAAUAUUAUUUCCUUUGUUAAUAAUACAGAAACGGAUAUAGAUAGUAAUAAGUUUGAAGGCCGCAGGCGUCGCCACCGUCACAGACAUAAUCACAUGGUACCGUUGAUGAUGAUGGGUUUCUUGUUGAUGGGUUCCAUAUUGAUACCCAUGGGUUUUCAAUUUCUUGCUGUCCUCGGUGGCAAGGCGUUACUUUUAGCAAAAAUGGCCUUGAUUUUGUCCAGUAUUCAGGGCCUGAAGAAAAUAGCGACAAACGGCGUUAACUAUGGACUGUAUCACACUCCUGUAGCAGAGGGCUGGCAUGAAAGAAGCCAUAUAGAGCCGCCCCCACAUUUAGAUUUACCUUUUCCACCACACAUUCGUCCUUAA